AUGUCUGGACGUUGUCUGAGCAACAUGAGUGAACAAAAUCUUGUUUGUUUACUGCAGAAGCCCUCAAAAAACCGUUCACAAGUCAUCUCAUAUCAGCUAUCAAAGAUAUUUAAAAAUUUGUAUCAAUUUUCGGCUUUAGAUGAUGACAUUAUUUCAUACUUGCAGGCUGCAAAAGACAGUGAUGAUGAGAAACAUUCAUUGUAUAUAAAAGAAAUUGAUAAGGUUUUGAAAAAGCAUAAAAAUGUUAUUGAUGAAGUGAACGCUGCAGAAUCGCGAAUUAGGGAUUAUAGUUUGAAUAAACAUUUGUUUCAAAACUCAGAAAACGUAUCGCCAAGGCCAGUACCCAGCAAUUCGCUUAGCUUUGACGAGAUUGAUGAUUCAUUUUUAGGUGAGCUUGGUAUUUUGACGAAAGAAGAUAUCUAUUUCAAUGGAAAACCAAGAAGCCAUGAUUUCCCAGUUGUAAAAAGUUCUAAAAGUCAUGAGGACGUUGAGAAUAUUAAUGUUUUACCAGCAAUCAAGUCAGUUGUAAAAUCUAGUGGGAAAAUCGAUCAACUCAAAAACUUUAGUCCUAAGAGUUGUUUAAAAAGUGAUGAUAUAAUAUCAGACAUAAAUUUAACACCUUCUACAAGAUCACUGAUUUCAUUUGGGAAAAGAACAAAAGAAAAUAGACCGCUAUUUCAAGCUGAACCCGAAUCAAUUAUUUUUAGAUCUUAUCUAAAAGGAAACACGUAUGAGGCUAUUGUUAAGGUACGCAAUAUUUCUGACACUAGUCGAUCAAUUCGAGUUCUUCCACCAAAAACAACAAUUUUUUCAAUUAAUGAAGGCAAAUUUCCACGACCAGGUAGUAGUAUAAUUGCACCGGGAAUGGCAGCUGUAUUCCUAGUACAAUUUUUCCCAGAUAAUGUUGGUGAUUUUGAAGAUGAAUUUAUAGUUAAAUAUGAAAAUCAAUUGGAACCACUUUGUGUUAAACUAUUAGGACAAAAAUCACGUCCACAACUUAAUAUACUUGAUUGUUACGAUAUGGGUUAUGCAUUAAAGGGCGGUGAAAGAGUAAACACUAUUCAACUAAAGAACUGUAAUGCAGAGAUUGCAUCUAACAGUAAAUUCCUUUUUAUUACAAAAGAAGCAUUUAGUAAAUGUCAACAGUAUGAUGCAAAUACUUUCACGGAAUUUUACUCAAUACAUGUGAAUUCCUCUUCAACUAGUUUAUGCUCGGAAUCAUUUUCUCUCAAACCAAACAAUUUCCAUUUGGAUUCAUUGCAAUCGAUUACAAUAACAGUAGAAUUUAAACCAUUAUGUGUAGCAGAAUAUAAAUGGGAACUUGUAUUGAUUUGUGAUAAUGGUCAAUUUUUCCCGGUGACAUUCAAAGGUAGAGGAGAGGAACCUAUAUUACAAAUAAUCGAUAUUAUUGAUCAGAAUGAUUUAUCUACUUCAAAUAAAUCAUUAACUAAUUUUAGAAAAAUUGAUACUAAUUCAAAUGAUCAGUUUUAUUUCUAUCAAUUCCCAAAACAUUAUCCCCACACUAAUUCACCAAAAACAAUGACAAUAAGAAAUUGUUGCUCAGAACCUCUACGUUUUCAAUGGAUUCAAGAAAAUGAAUUCAGUGAACCAAAUCUUUCAGAGUAUACUUCAGAUAGUUUAAUUAAAAGUGAUGAUGUAUUAAAUCAACGUAAAUCUUUAUCAACAAGUGUAAUAUCAUUAUCAGAUAAACAAACAGAUAAUGCUGUACCAUUAUUAUUCACUAUUAAUCCAACAACUGGCGUAUUUGAAACCAAUGAAAUGAAACAUUUUCAAAUUUGUUUUAAUCCAACUCAAGUUGGGAUAUUUAGAACACAACUAGCAUUAGUAUUGCUCGGUAUACCAGAAGUAGAUGAACAAGAAAAUUGUUAUAAAUUAGACAAAAAGCACUUAUCAAUUGAAUUAGAAGGGACAGCAGAACCACUUCCAAUAGCAAUUGAACCACCAAUUUUAAUUGUUCCUGGAAGGUGUUUGCUUGAUGUUCCUGUGUACCGUACUGUGCAGUUGGUGAAUAAAUCCACCAAUUGUUCUGUGACAUUUUCAUGGCAACAUAAUUUUGAUAUUGAAACGAACACCAUCAAUUUAAGCGAUUGUACUCAAUCUACAACAGAAGUUCUUCAAUCAAGUAGACAACAAAGUUCAAGAAAAUAUAGUGAAUUAGAAAAGUCAAAUGAUGCUUUAAUUGUCUUAGAACCAACUAUAGGUUCAAUUGAUCCUGGACAAUCAAUUAAUAUUGAUAUCAUUAUGUCAUCUUCAAAAUCUACCAUGAUAAAAGAAAGUAUUCCAUGUUUUAUUAAUAUAUUGCCCAAUUCUCCACUUUGGUUGUAUAUUGAAGUUGAAUUUUCUGGCCCUACUAUUGUUUUUGAUAGAACAGACUGUAACUUUAGUCUUAUGCGUCCGAAUGAAACAGCUGAAAUGGAUGUACUCUUAACGAACACUACUCCCUCUCCAAGAAAAUGGUUUGUGAAAACAGAAACAUUUAUUGAUAAGUUUCAAUCUGAGAUAAAAAUGCAUCCAUCUUAUGGAGUAAUAAAACCCUUUCAAUCAGUAAAAAUGAAUUUAUCUUUUACACCACAAGUAACGAGAAGUGUUCGUGAUAUUAUCACAGUACAUACUGAAGAUUCUGAAGAAACAAGCAAACUUUUAAUUUUAGCAGAAGUUCAAACUCCAUUGAUUGAUUUUAAUCCACUUCAUAUUGAUUCGAAACAAUGUUUUUGGAAUGUUCCUGUCACUGAAACAGUAACAAUCACAAAUUUGAAUAUGUUGGAAUGUGAUUUAGAAUGGAUUGAACCCAUUGGAAAUGAUAAGGAAUGGGUUACAAUAAAUGUUGUCCCAAAAACUUAUCGAAUCACAGGUCAAAAAAGUCAAUUAUUUGAAAUUUCUAUAUGUGCACACAAACAGAAAUCAAUUGAAGAUCUUCAAAUCCCAUUACGUGUAAAUGGAUUGAAUAAGUUUUUAUAUUUACCGAUUACAGCUACAGUUCAAGGAUUGUCAAUAACCUAUUUUCCAUUAAAUCAAGAUUUAGAUCCAAUAUGCCAAGAAAUUUCGCAUGAAAAUAUCAAUAUUCCAAACAAUAAUAUAAGUGAAACAAUGAUUUUAGACUUUGGACAAAAUGUUGGUCUUUUUGAACCAGUUGAAAAGUGGAUUGAAUUUAGGAAUAAUACACCUAUACCAACAAGAAUAUGCGUAGAUACUAGGAGUUUAUCUACAAAAGCUAAUUAUGCUGAUUAUGAGAAUUUUCCUAAUAAACCUAUACUUGGCGCUGCGAAAUAUUUGUUUGUAAUAUCAAGACAAUCUACUGAAAAUCAUUUAAGUAGUCAAAAUGUCUUACACGACAAGAAUGAUCAUAAAACUCAAAUUAGGAAUCUUUAUGAUUGGUGUAAUUUAUUAUUGAAACGGUCGAAAGGCGCAUGUGAACUAGCACAUUCAGCUAUAUCAUCCACCAAUUAUAUAACUGAUUUUCAAUUAGCCGAGCUCAGACCAAUUACCAUUAGUCAGUAUUCAACUACUCUAUCAACUAUUCCAUCAUGGUAUUUACCAGGAUAUGGUUCACUAAGGAUUUGUUUCAUAUGUGUAGCCAAUCUAUGGGGAGUUUAUGAAGAUAACAUUCAAAUUUUUGUAUUGCCAGAAUUUGACCUUACAUCUAAAUCCUACCUAUCACCUGUUGUAUUUUGUACAUCUUUCAAAGUAGUUGGAUGUCCAAUUUAUUCUUUAGCCGCAGGUCAUUUUGGUGAAUUGUCGAAUAAAGCAAUAAUGAAUACUGAUGCAAAGAAUAACUCAAUAUUUCCUAAAACUGCUUUACCAUUCAAAGCUUCUAGACAAUUUAUACGAUUCGGUAGUGCAUUGUUUAAUGGACCCGUUGUUAAGCGUCAAAUACGUUUACAUAAUUCAUGUGAAGCUGCUAUCAGGAUUGAUUGGCAAAUAUUUUUGGAUUCAAAAAUAGAAGAUCAUAAUCAACUGAUAAACCUUUUAUGUUUCAUAUCAGAACCUUUUAAAAACUUUUCUUAUAAUCAAGUGAACAAGGAAACAUCAUUGACUGAUGAACAUUUAAUACAGAUGGAAACAUCAGGAGGAGAUUCUGCUAAAAGUCAAUUAAUUAAUUUAGUACUUCGGCCAUAUGAUGGGAAAUUAAUAUGGGAAUCAUCAUCAGCUCAAAUUAUUUCAUCAAAUAAUGAUAAUUUUAGUAAAUUGUUCAUUAUGUUGCCUGAACAGUUGAUAAUACCACCACACGAAGAAGCUACAGUUACAAUUUUAAUGAAUCCAAUGGAAGCGUACUCAGAGAUGAAACGUUAUGAAAUUUUCAAUUUAAAAGCUCAUGUAGUUGGUUAUUUAACUAUAGACUCGAAAUAUUUCUUGGAUACUCCACGUACACAUGCAUUAAUCACAGAACAAUUACGUUUUGAUAUAACUGCUAAAUUGGAGCAACCUAGACUCAUUAUUGAUCUAAACAAUAAUCCCCUGGAAAUUGUAAGCACGUCACCUAAUCCUCCACGACCAAGGAUUUUACAUUUUAAAUCAGGGUUAGGACAAUUUCUUGUUGAUCCCCGCAAAAAGAAAACAGAAGAAAACACAGUUAGUGUACCUAAAAACUAUUCCUUCCAAUCCAAACAUUCGGAACAAGUCAGUCAACGAGUGCAAAGAAUUCCACUAACAGUUCUGAAUGGGACCAACUGUUUACUAAUAAGUAGUAUAGUCCUCUUACGUAGUAUUCACCUAAGAUGCCCAAAUAGUAUACCAGUUACAAUCUGUAUGAAAGCAAAUCAAACGAAGCAUUUGGGAUUUCAUGUUAGAGAAGACAAACCGUACGAUACCAACGAUGAUUAUGAAGAUGAUGGUAUCAUUAUAGACUCUGAAGAAGAUGCUAAUUUGACAGCGAUGAUGCCAAUGACGAAAAUGUCGUUUAAGCAACUUUAUAAACCACAAAUCAGCUUAACUCUCAAUCCAGGUAAAUUACAAAAAAUAAUAGUUGGUUAUCUCUUAGAAAAAGAUUUAUGUCUUCAUUAUAUCACAUCAAAUAAUUUGACAGAUUCGGCAAGCAACUUACAGAUAAAUGAAUCUGAUUUAAUUUUAAAAAAUGAAAUUUUAUUUAAAUUUAAUUAUUUUAAUAAAAAAGAUGAUUUAAUAAUUAAUAAUAAAAAUGAUAUUUUUCAAUUAAAUAUACAAAUUACAAUAAUAAAACCAAAAUUUCUAAUAUAUCCUAUUGAUAUAUUAAAUUUUGAUACGGUAUUAAUUGGACAAUCUAAAAAAUUAGAAAUUAAAAUUCAAAAUUUAACAAAAACUCCAACAUUUUGGUUAUUAAAGUACUCGGAAAUAAAUUAUAAUGAAGAGGAAAUAAGUGAAAAUAAUGAAGACAAUGUAUUCCAUGCAAAUAAAAUAUCAGGCUAUUUGAAUUCAUUUUCAUAUAAUGAAGAUUGUUAUUCUGAUUUGAUUACUGUAGAAUUUAAACCAAGAAAAUCUAUUCAAUACGAAGCUACAUGGAAGUUUGAAGGAAUUCUGGGUGAAGAAGUAAAAAUAAUCAAACUUACUGGUAUCGGAACAUUUAAUGAAUAUUACCAUACACUUUACUAA